UUUACAUUUUCUCAUUUCACUAUCAUCAUCGUCGUCAAUUGAACACUGUUUUUCAUUUUUUUUGCAUUUGAAAAUGUCUUGGUGUUGCUUGAUUUUGUUUUUUUCUUUAUUCACACUUGCCAUUUCCUAUCCGGAACCAUUAGUUCCAAAAGAAUUUGUAUUGGCAAGUAAUAGUUUUGGUUUCAAUAUUCUGCAACGACGAUCUCAAGAAAAUGAACGACAAGAAAUUCGCGAAAAUAUUUUUCUUUCACCAUUCAGUAUUACAAUCAUUAUGUCAAUGCUUCAACAAGGUUCAAAUGGUGAAACAUUUGAUCAAAUAAAUUCUGUUCUUGGUUUUCGUAUGGCAAAUAUCGAUGAUAGAGAAAAAGUGGCCAAACGUGCACGAAAGGCCAUCGAGCAAUUGGCUCAACUCGAUCAAAACGGAAUGAAUUCUAUAUCAUUGAAAAUGGCUAACGCAUUGAUGAUCAAUAGAAAUUAUCGUAUAAGAGCAAAUUUUAAUGAAACGAUUCUACGAUAUUUUGAUAGUGAACUGUUGGAAGCUGAUUUCGUUAGCGAAAGUGAAUUGGUAAUGGCUACCAUUAAUCAAUGGUGUUCAGCACGAACAAAUGGCAUGAUUCGUAACUUUCUUCGUCAACCACCAGCAAGAACAACUCAGUUGGCUUUGAUUAAUGCCAUUUAUUUCAAAGGAAAUUGGAGAAAUCGAUUUAUGGCUAAUCAAACAUCUCCAGGAAUAUUUUAUGGCUUGGAUAAUGAAACAUUCAAUGAUGUUUUAUAUAUGAAACGACAAGGACGAGUAGCAACGGCUUAUCUUUCGGAAUUGGAAUCAGAUUUGGUGGAAUUUCCUUACGAAGGUGAAGAUGUAAGCAUGUUUGCUAUACUUCCACGUAAUUCAAAUUCAUCGAAUCUUAUGUACAUUCGUAAUGCAUUAAAUCCUUGGUAUAUUGAAGCUGCCAUUAGUCGUCUCAAUGAAGAUGACAAUGAAGCAACAGUUAUAUUUCCUAAAUUACGCAUUAUGGGUCGAUAUAAUCUAAAAGAAACAUUGAAAGAUAUGGGUUUGGUGAAUAUUUUUGAAUUCGGACGAGCCGAUUUAUCAGGAAUAAGCGAAGAUUUACCGAUUGCAGUCGAUGAUGUUCGCCACACAGCAUUGAUCGAUAUAAAUGAAGAUGGAACUGAAGCUGCUGCAUCAACAUAUGUUGGUUUCGUUAAAAUGUCUUUACAACCAUCAGCCGUAUAUAAAUUCAAUCAUCCAUUUGUUUUAUUUAUUCGUCAUAAUUUAUCUGGACAAAUUCUUUUCUUGGGAGAAAUUCAUAAACCCUAAUAAUAAUUAGCAUUGAAUUCAAUCACUUUUUUUCUAUAAGUUACAUCAUAUAAUACAAUAAAAACAAAAUUAAUUAAUCAA